AUUAUGUAAAUAAUUAUGUAAAAAUGUCUAGAAAUUUGUUUUAUUGUAAUCUAGGAUGACAUAGGAAACUUUAGAUACUUCUGACUGGACAGUAUUUACGGUCAUUUCACUUACUAAAAGGUAAUUAGUUUGCUGUGAUAAUAUAGGAUUCUACUGGAGAAACAAUAGAAACUUUUAAUUGGCUGUGAAAAUGUUUGUUAAAACAAAGGCAGAGCCAUGGAGUAGUUCAGAAGGAAUGCAGUACAGCAUAACUAUAGGUUCACCAGUGACAUGGAAUUUUCUGUUCCUUUCAAACAACAUUUUAAACAAGUGAUAUGUUACUUUUAUUGAGCCAGGAGGAAAGUUUUAUUUAAGUGAGACACCAAAGAGACACCAGAUGAAGUCCAAAAUCUACCUGAGCAUCAUGGCUAAUAAAGGGAAAAGGCCAGAAUGUUUCCUGAGAUUUUUUGCCAUCCUGCUCAUUUAUAUGGAAGUGGUGAACUCACAAGGACUCCCUGAAAUUUCAGACAUAAUUGCAGAGUUUAGCUACACAGAUGGAGAAAUGAAUCACUUAAGGGAAAAACGAUCUGUGAACACGGAUAUACUAGAAUACAUUGUAAUCAUAGAGGUGAAUGUGUCACAGGCGAUUUUAUUUGAGCAAAUCAAAUCAUCAUUGGAGUCCAUCAGUAGUUUCCAAAUAGACAACACCACAGAAAUCGAAAGCGUGAACAUUACAACAGUGUGUCACCCAAAUGGUUCUGAAUAUCAGUGCAUUUGUGAGGAUCAGUAUUUUUGGUCAUUUAAUAACUGCAUUGUGCAUAAUGCCUGCAAUGACCUAUAUGAAGGAGUAUGUACCUGUAUCGAUGUCUUUCCCAGUGAUGGACAGAUGUGUGUGACAACAAGUGAACUACCAUUAUUUGAUAUUCUGGUUGAAAUUGAGCUGAAUACCACAAGCACAACAAUGCUCGAUGAACUGAGAAACCGUUUUGCAGAAAUCAGUUUCCCAAUUACAUUUGGUCAUGCAGCAGAAAUUACAGAUGUGGCCAUUACAACAGUGUGCAGUUUGAAUGGUACUGAAUAUCAGUGCACGUGUGAGGAUCAGUACUUAUGGCCAUGUGAAAAGUGCACAGUAUAUGGGUCUUGUAAUAAUGUCACCAAUUCCUCAUGUGACUGCAUCAACGCUCUUCCAAAUGAUGGACACUUCUGCCAACCAAUCAAUGAGCUGAUGAAUAACUCUACAUGUCCAACUGGACCACCCCCAGCUGAAUACCUAAUUGAGAUUGAAAUUAGCGCAGUGGAUGUAACAGUCUUGAAUGAACUGAGGAACAUUUUGAAGACACUCAGUAAACUACCUCAAUAA